AUGGCAUCAAUGGAUGACAUGCCAGAAGACAUUAUAAAUCAUAUUAGCUCUUUCCUCUCAUACAAGCAAGCAACUAAAACAAGUGUUUUGUCCAAAUCAUGGCUGAAUGCAUGGCGGGCACGCCCCACGGUCAGUUUGACGUUGGAUUAUGAAAACUUCUCCGAGGAAUUGAGGGAAGAAGGAGGUUACAGAUUUUGGGAUACGAGAACAAAAGAUAAGAGAAAUAGAAAGUUCAGCAAACACGUCAGAAGAACCCUGAAGAACUGCACCAAAGAAAAGAUGGGCAUAGACGAGUUCAUGCUUGUUGUAAGGGGUAUUUUUAUGUGGGAUUCUCUUAUUAAGAGAUGCUUGCAGGUGGCUGUUAAAAGCGGUGUGAAGAAAUUCUAUCUUGAUCUCUGCGGAAGUUAUUUGCCUGAAAUCUUCUUCGAAGCUAAAUCCGUAGUUGAUGUAAGCCUAAGGGAGCUCGAGUUGGUUGAGCAAUCGAUGGAGAACAUUAGAGGGUUUGAUCAUCUCAAGCGACUCUCUCUAUACAUGGUUCAAUUAGAUAAUGUCACGUUUGAGCAGAUGAUUUCAUGCUGCCAAUCAAUUGAGAUCUUGGAAAUUACUUAUUGUGGUGGUGACUUAUUUUCUCAGUACUUUGAUGUGCCUGAUUUAGACAAUCUUUGGGAGUUUACUGUGAAAUUAAAGCGUGAUCAAAGUUUGAUCCUGCAUGAGGCUCCAAACCUUGAAUCACUAUUUUGUUCGAGUCAUGAAGACUUUAUCCGCUAUAUUGAUGAUUGGACACCUUGUUGGCUUGAUUUGCGUUCGUCUCAGUACAAAAAUCUGAAGACUUUGGUUCUGUAUGCUGUUGGCCACUGUUACAAGAUUUUGAUCCAAAUGGAACAUAGAUUUCCUCACCUUGAAAAUUUGACAAUCCAAUAUUGCCAAGACUUGAAAAGAAUCAGAAUUAAGAGCGACUCCCUGAAAGAAAUACAGUUGGCAGAUAAUUGGGGAUUGAACAAGGCACAAUUUGACACCCCAAGCAUUGUUCGAUUUGUAUUUGCUGACAACGAAUGCAAGAUCAUACCAGUUUUGUCUUUUAUAGCUGCAUCAGGUCAUUGGACUUCUGAUAUAAGUAUAUCCUGGGUUGGGAAUCUAGACACUUCAUGGUUUUUCAAAUUGCAGAGAUUGUUGGCAAGUCUAGUUCAGUCGAAAAUUUCAGUUAGUCUUGAGGUUGGAGGCACCAUGUCAUUUGAUUUCAAUGAAAUUAGAGAUAAUUUGACAUAUCAUGGACCUCAAGAGGUGCACGAAUUGACUCUAAACAUCCACAGGGAGUCUUUGUUAUCAUCUCCAGUCCCCGUGUUGGACGUCCUUUUUCAGAUUUGUCGUCCAAAAACUAUAAGGCAACAUUGGAGUGACAUCUUGGGGAAGAACAUUGAGACUUUGAAGCUCCUCUAUGACGGGUUAAUGCUAAGAAAAAAUCAAGAACAAUCCCACAAUUUGCAACAAUUGAAGUUCUGGCAGAACAAUUUGAAGGGACUGAAAGUCGAGAUCUUUAAGAGUCGUCUAGUUUGGGAGGGGGACUCAAGAAAAUACUAUGCAGGGAAACAAAGUGAGCAGCAAUUGGAAGCUUUGGAUUGGGAGAAUUUUUUGAAGGUAGUCAACACUCAUUCAAAUGCGUUGAUUCACUUUGGGUUGGAAUGGAAAGCAUCCGUCGAGCCUGAGGGGACGAAGAGGAAAGCAACUGACAAGCCUAGGGAAGAAAAAUCAUCAAAAAGAUCAAAUUCGAAGGUGGUCUAA